AUGAACCUUCAAAUCCCUAAAAAAUCGACGAAAUUGGAGAGGGGAUCUUCAUCGUCAGCCCCUCCUCCUCCAUCUUUCCCGCCAUGGACCGAGCUACCCGAGCAUCUGACGGCAGAUAUUCUGCAAAGGUUGCCCACCGAAGAGAUAAUUGACAGUGCGCAGCGCGUGUGCACUACAUGGUGGAGAGUCUGCAAGAAUCCCGCUACAUGGCGCGCUAUAGAUUUGGAUCAUCGACGUCCCACCGUCUGCAAUUGCGGCAAGCAUUUAUCUUUCGGGGACCAGAUGUAUUGGGAAUCUCCCUGGCAACGACAUUAUCCGUUUUUCCUUUUCCGCCGCGCAGUUGAUCUAAGCCAGGGACAACUGCUCAAGCUAAAGAUCAACCGACGUUUGGGACUUGGAUAA